UUUCGUUUCCAGUUUGACGAAAACGCGCUCGCCCGGAUUGAUGACACCGAACGAAAUCGGCCCGCCGCAGCAAACGACAACAACGACGUACUGCCGAAAUGUCCAACAACACGACGGCGGCGUACAACCACACCGACCCGUGGACGAAACACCCGGGAAUGGAACAGGCCGAGGUCAUCGACGGCCUGAUCGCCGAGUUCUCCUCGUCCCAGAUGCGGCUCACAGAGGUCCGGAGCAUACUGUUGAUCGGCAUGUACGUACCGCUGUUCUUCGUCGCGGCCGUAGCCAACUCCGUUAUCAUCGUCGUCGUCAUCAAGUAUCACUACAUGAGAAGGUAA